CCUGACUAUCCUUAAUCCAUCGGCUCUGAGUAGUUCAGACACAAUAUCACCCGUCUCUUGCUACAGACCUCUGUUACACUUGUGCAAAAUGCCCUUCGCUGUCCUGUCUGACACCGAUGUCAAAGCAGUCCUUCGAGACCUCAAGCCAUUUGAAGUCACCAACAUAGCGGACGACCUCGUUCAAGCAUUCGUCCAAUACUCGUGUCAUGACGAGCAGCAGUAUCAGCCGCAUCGCAAUGUUAUUACACGACCAGGGAAUCAGGUCAGCUUGUUUAUGCCUGCGACAACCCAGCAAUCGAUUGGCGUCAAGAUUGUUGGUAUCAGUCCAUCGCAGGAUCCUGCUGGCGCAUCGCAGGAUGCGAAGCUGAAACCUGCGUUGCAAAGUGCUCUUACCAUUUGCGACGCCUUGGGCCAGGCAACCGGCAUAUUGAACGCUGCCGAGCUUACAGCCUUUCGAACAGCUCUGGGAUCGAUCCUUCUAUAUAGACUGCGGCAGGUAACUGAGAAUAUUGUUGUAUUCGGAGCUGGCAAGCAGGCUUUGUGGCAUAUCCGUCUUGCAAUCCUUCUGCGCGGCCAAGAUAUCCGAAAGAUCACUGUGAUCAACCGCUCCAGUCGGAGGACUCAAGAACUAUUUGACGCAAUCACUGAGUCAGGAUUACCUUUACAUAUCGAUUUGGAGGCUUUUGGCGAAAAGGAGGAUGAUAAGGUUACAUUGGAAGACGUCGUCACAGCUGCAGAUGCGAUUUUCUGCACCACCCCAAGCACGACACCUCUAUUUCCUGCCACGUUUAUGACGUCUGAAAAGGCACGAGUCAAGACACGGUUCAUUUCGGCUAUCGGUUCUUACCGCCUUGACAUGGCAGAGAUUGACCCCGAGUUGUUGAAGGCCGUUACAGAUCCUUCCGGCUCAUUUUCCCAUCAGGUUUGGCAAGGUCAUAUCGCUGUCGAUAGUAUUGAGGGGUGCUUGCAAGAGGCGGGAGAAUUGGUCACAGCUGGCCUGAGUUCCGAUCAAAUGCUGGAAAUUGGCCGAAUGGAAGACCUGAGAGCUAAGACUAACCCGUCUGGUCUUCGAGAAUGGCUGGAGUCUGGAUUUGUAAUCUACAAGAGCGUCGGCAUUGGGAUCAUGGAUAUUGCGGUUGGGAAUAAGUUGGUGGAACUGGCAAGAUCCAAGGAUAUCGGGAUUCACUUGGACAGUUUUUGAGUCAAGAGCGUUAAAACAGUAGACACGGAGAAAAAAUGCAAAAGAAGCCAGCGAGAUAUGCCUUUUCAUGUAAGGUUAGGCCCCUGCUUACAGAGUGGUGUUUGCUGUAGAGUAUUGUCCUAAGUGCACCACGUCGUGCAUAAGCAAGGAAGGAGUGUUAGUGUUUAGAUAUACUACAAAGUGACUAUCACACAACUAUAAGGUUGAUGGCAUAA